AAAGUGCUUGGCUAGCCAGUUUGGAUCAUCUCCUAGAUUUUAGGAGAAAUAACCAUUGCCAAGUUUUAAUUUGCUAAAUCUCUAGGCUUUGCUGGCAGGAAAGAAGCAUAUCACUUUUGGAGCACAACAUGGAUACAGGGGAUGUGGGCUCAGGUAAACUGGGCCAAAUACUGAAGCAGAUUUGGAGACAAAACCAGAUGCUCAAGCAGGCACUCCUGGGGGAUGACCUCUGUGAGGGACCUGGCGGGGCCACGUGGAUGGCCACGGUGGGCUUCCUGGCUCAGGAGCUCACGAGGGCCCUUCACCAGCUGCUGGAGCACACCUCGGGCACCCUGCGCGCCUCCUGCCAGCAGCUGCAUGUGCUGCUUGACAAGGAGAAUCAACGCAUCUGGAGACAAGAAAUCAUUACUUUCAUAGACUGCCUCAUGAAAAUAAAUGAACAUUUGGGGAGCACUGCUAGACUUCUGGAGAGAGAAGAAAAGGAGAUGUGUAAUUUAUGCGGCAUGCGUGAUGAAUGUGUUCUACAGCAGACAAUGUCCUCCAUUCAAGACACCAAAGCAACAGACAUUGCUGCAAGAAGGGAACUAAAUGUCAUAGAAACAGCUACUGUUUCUCCCCAAAAUGGUGAGGAAAGUCAUUACACAAACCAGGUCCAGUUAAGAAAAAAUAAAACACAUAUGAAUUCAGAAUUAGUGGAAAAAGAAAACAAUACAUCAUUGAAUGGAAAUGUAAUGGAGCAAGAAGAGACACAGAACAAAAUGUUCCCAAAUAAUGCAGAAAAUGAAGGUGAUAAACAAAUCAAACACAUGACUGUUGAGAGCACAAAUGGCAACAAGGAAGAGAUUCAUGACAUAAUCCAGACAACAGAGAGAGAAAUUAAAAAGACCUCAGAAAGCCAAAGAGAAGAGAUUACUACAUCCUUAGUAACAUGUGAUAUCUCCAAUAAAUAUGUAAAUAGUCUUCUUCCCAAUGAUUCAGAGACUAUGACGCAAAAGGAUAACAUAAUGGAAAAGGAGUACCUUGAUGUGCUGAAUGAUGCCACUGACCCUCAAGUGUCUUGUUAUAUUACAGCACCAUUAUAUGUUCUACAGCAACUAAAAUGCCAGAUAAUUAAUAACAUGAGUUCUUUAAUAGUGAGUGAUUAUGAAGAGUUGGUCAGCAAUGUCAUCACUAUUGAAUGUUCAGAUAGGGAAAAGAAAAUUCCAUUUCCAAUAUGCAUUGCAAUUCCAUUUACUGCACAUUAUAGGGGAAAUUACAGAGAUAUCAUGGUGAAAGUGUUUGAUGUAAACCUUCAAUCAAGUUACUUAAACCCAAAUUCAUUGGAAGGAAUGAGAGGAAGUUAUAAGGGGAGCUGUGCUGCUGUGAAAGUUUACAAGUUGGGUAUCUUUUCAGUUGUGUCUUGUUUAAAGAAAGAGUCCUUCACAGUAACUAAGCAAGGCCUUGCUCUUAAGUCAAACAUAGAUUCCAGAAUAUCCUUGAACUACCCUCCAGGAGUCUUCAGCUCACCAGUGGCUGUACAAUUAAAGAUCCAACCAAUUGACCCAUCUCUGGUGGCAUAUUUAAAAACACAGCAAGAUACUUCCUACUCAGUACUAUCCACCAGUCCUCUGAUUCAUGUUCAGCACCUAUCAACUCAUCCUUUUCAGAAGCCAGUCACUGUAUUCCUACCUUGUUCUCCACAUCCUGAUAAAAAGAAUCUUGGGCCUGAGAUAGAGCAUAAAAGAACAGCUAGUGCCACGGCAAACAGGGUCACACCGCCAUAUUUCAACUGGACAAAAAGCACGUCCAUAAGAAAAUCUGGGAAAAAUGCCUGUGAAUCUUUGAAAUUACUGGGAUUCAGAAGCCGAGACAGUGGUUGGUUUGUGCUUGAUGACGCCAUGGUGAGAACCGCACAGAAUGGCUCGAUAUCAUUCCAAUUGCGCGAACAUUUAGAGAGGUUUAUUGUGUUUCGCCUGUCUUCUGUUGUGGACAAUAGCCAUUUGGUUACUUUUGUGAAAUCUUUAGAGGAGGCGGUGCUCAGCACCACCGCCUGCCUGGUGCUGUCUUGCCAGAAGGACAAUCCACACGGAAUAGCUGUUGUAGUCGUGCCUUCCGAAGACGCGCACCAGGCACUCAAGGACUUGCGCGGGGAAGGGUUUGGGGCGCCUCCAGAGCCGCCUCCGCAUUUCCAAGUAAGAGAAGGAGACCAACUUCUUUUACGGUUUACUGGAAAUAUAUUUGCCUCAAGCAAUGGGAAGGAUUAUGGAAAGGACUACAAACUUAUUUUUCAUUUGCAAAGAAAACCCAGGCUGAAACUCCAAAUUAAAGAGGUGGAUGAAUUUGGUAACUAUAGUUGCCCUCAUUAUAAGGGUACCAUUGUCGUUUAUAAAGUACCUAAAGAGAAGAUAAUCCCCAACUUGGAUCAAUCUCUCAUACUUUAUGAAAACCAUGAGUUGCCAAUUUGCAAAUUACCAUUGAGAUUGCCAAAGCAUAAAAAAUUAAUCAACCGUCCACAGAGUACCAAAAGAAUUUCUACAGAUCCUCUAGAAGCCCUUUGGGAUAACUUGUUCCACUGGCUGGCUGAGGAGCUCUCCGAAGAACAAGGACAAGCGGAGUCUCUUUCCUCCUCCCUCCCUCUGCGCCGCAGCACCGUUCAGCUCAUCACACUCAAGAGCCCUGACAAUCUCACGGAACAGAUCCACGAACUUCUUUGCUUCUGGAAAAAAUCGCUCCCAACUUCCACUGACAAACUGCGCCUCCUGGCUCGUCAUCUACGCAAGAUUGGCAGGAGUGAUCUUGCAGAAGCUCUUAAAUUCAAGUGGGAAAAUAAAGUGUUCAUUGAACCACAACAGUGGUUUGAUACGGCUGCUGAGUAGAAGACGGUCGCUCUUCCUGUUGCUCUAGAAAAAGGCACAUGGCUAUCAGAACUUUUGCUGUUUGAAAUCCUAUCGGUAAGAAAGAAAUAUCCAUUUCUUCCCCUGGAUGAUCUAAGUCACUUUGACACAGAGGAGCAUUCUUGAUAUACAACCCAGGUGGCAGUUUCAGAUGGAGAGUUUCUGGAUACAGCGUUGCAGGCUUGCCUCCACAUUAAUGUUUACAAGGAAUGGAAAGGACUCUGGGUCCACUUUGCAGUGCAGACCUGAUGCUGACCCCUUCAUACACAGCUCUACUUUGCUUUGAACCUAGCAAAACACUAACCUCUACCCUAUUCCUAUGUGCUGUAAUAACUCUACCUUUGCCUUUGUUUAGUGAGACACCCAACCCACAGUUCUGGUGUACAAUCUCUCUCAUUGCAAUGAGUCAAAAACCCAACUUUGUUGAACUUCAGUUGUGUCCCUGGUGGUCUUGGCCUGAGUGGGGCACCAACGUGCCACCGACGAGAACCAGCCUGGCGGUUCUCAAACUGGCCACGUGCUCGAGCCAUCCAGACAUGCCUGGACAAUUCUGAGAAAUUCUGAUUGAAUUAGUCUAGUAAUGAGGAUUGUAAAGUUUUCCAGUUGAUUCUAAUUUGUAGCCAGGGUGAAGAAUAAUUUUUUUCUAGCCAAAUAGACCCAGAGAAACCUGAAAUGGGUGUUAAAAUUCAAUUUCACAAGACCAAACUCAGCCCUCUAAAUCAGAAUCUUUGGCAGCAGACUCGAGGAGUGUGCAGGGUUGGUGCUCGUCAAGUCGUGUCUACGCCCACGUGGCUUAAAGAGCGCUCACUGAACCCUGCUUCCUGUCCAGAGCACUCUCUCGAUUUUCGUUUUCACUUUUCAUGGUUAACACUGAACCAAGAGAGAAGAAAAGGAAACAGAGCGAGCUCUGUGCCGUGCUGAAUAUGAAGGAUUUUCUCCUAGUUUAGAGUCAUUUGAGAUGAUUUGUCUGUUCACAAGACGGAGCAGGGUUGGCUGGGAGCCAAGGCAGGAAACUGGAAGAGUUGGGAAGGGGGAACACUCUGCCUAGUCCCCCACUAACAGAGGAACUCAAAUUGAGAGUUUUAGUUAUUGAGAGCUGCUUAUUGUACACCUGUAAAUCUGAUUCUGUUAAUAGAUGACACACCUAUCUAUAUACUGUGAAUUAAUAUUUUUGAUCUUUUCUCUCACUUUAAAGGGUAAAAUCAUAUUCCAUUGUAUUUGUGCGUGCUAAAAAAAUUAACAUGCACUGUAAUAUAGUAUAUCCCUUUGAAACUUUUUACAUGUACUGAGAGCCUCAAAAACUGGAAAUGACCCAAAUCUCUCUCCCCUUGAAAGGCUCUGUUUAUAACAAUUUGGAACUGUUCUUUAGAAUUAGUCUCUGCAAAUGCCUAGAUUCCACCACCAGAGGGGGCCCGCGUCUCAGAUAAAAUUAAGGAAACAUUGAAGCCCUCAUGUAGUGAAAGAUCUGUUUUGCGUGAUACGUUUUUUUUUUAAAAUUGUGAAAUUUUUUUAGAGUAUAGGGAAUAAUUUGAUCUAUAGUUAAUAUACUGUUAAUGUAAUGUUAUAUUAUUUUGUGGCUUACUUCUAACAUUAUGAAAUGUCGAAUUUCCACUUGAUAUGAAGAACAAUAUUAUACGCAGAAACUGCUGCAUUUGUAGAAGUCUUUAUAUUACAUUGUAUCUUCUGUUUCUGUAAUCAAAGCAAUUGAAAUGAUAACGCAAUAUCUCAUUGAUCACUAGAAGUGAUGCGGGCAAUUUCUCCAAAAUUGCUCAGAAAUAGAAACUGAAAGCAUAAACCAUUAAUAGCAUUAUAAAAUAAAUGAACUUUUGACUCACUUCACUUUCCAAUAAAUGAUACUGACUGUCAAGAUUUCUAAAGAAUUACUUUCUAAUUCUUGAAAUGUUCUGAACAGGGGUAUUGCUAUGGUUUGUCAGUAAAUAAAAGUGGCCAACAUAUAUUAAAAAUGU